CCCGCACCCCACCGCAACACGCUCAUUGACUUCGGUAGUGCGGAGUUAAUAGAGACGGAGGGCGUGUCGUGGGCGGCGCUGGAGGCGGCCGCGGUGCGCGCUGGGCUGUGGGACGCGCUCUUCUGCUGCCCCGCCGCACACGCGCCGCGCGCCCCCGCCCCGCACCUGCCUGCCGUGCUUAAAUCGACGGCUCCGAAACGCGCAUUUAUAGACUUGCGUCCGAACGCACUGAUAACCGAUCGUCUGCCUACCCCGCUGUGGCUGCUCUUCUGUGCUUCCUUCUACACUUAUAGAGUUUUAAGAUGUAUAUUGGGACUGGGUACGCACGCCGACUGGCUUGAACGCAGAAGCCAGCUGACGCCAGCGCUGGAACAGCUCGCCGCGCUAGUAGACUGCGGACAACUGACGCCAGCACUGGACAAGGUAUACUAAUAUAAUAAAACACACUCUUUGUUA